ACUUCAAACGAAGUUCAAGCGGUGGCGGUGUUCCUGCUAUUCUUUCGCACUGCAAUUUGGUGAAAUUUCGAUCAUUGUAACAACGAGAUUCAAUCCCUAAAUGGCUCCGAAGAAAUCGAAGCAUGAAUUUGCACCAAAGAAGAUCAAGUUGAAGAAGGAUUCGAAGAUGAAGUUGAAGAAGAAGAAGAAAACAUCUUCGAGUUCAAAUGCUGUAGCAGCAGCUGGUGGUAGCGAGAACAGAGGCGUCGAUUCCGACUGGUGGAAUUCCUUCUGGGAAAAAAAUUCCCCAAUUUCGGGUUCAAUGGUGCCCCAAGACGAAGAAGAAGGAUUCAAGUACUUUUUUCGGGUGUCGAAGAAGACAUUUGAGUACAUUUGUUCUCUUGUAAGAGAGGAUCUCAUUUCACGGCCUCCAUCCGGUCUCAUUAACAUCGAGGGAAGGCUUCUUAGUGUCGAGAAACAAGUUGCGAUCGCCUUAAGAAGAUUAGCAUCGGGUGAAUCUCAAGUUUCCGUGGGUGCGUCUUUUGGAGUUGGGCAAUCAACAGUUUCUCAGGUGACUUGGAGGUUCAUAGAAGCAAUGGAGGAGCGUGGCAAGCACCAUCUCAAGUGGCCAGAAGACGAUAACUUACAGAAAAUAAAAUCCGAAUUUGAAUCGUCGUUUAACUUGCCCAAUUGCUGUGGAGCCAUCGAUGCAACCCACAUAGUCAUGACCCUACCCGCGGUUCAAACCUCAGAUGAUUGGUGCGACCAAAUCCGAAACUACAGCAUGUUGGUCCAAGCCAUCGUCGAUCACAAAUCAAGAUUUCUUGAUUUGGUGACGGGGUGGCCCGGAGGCAUGACCAUCCCAAAACUCCUAAAAUUUUCCGGAUUCUACAAACUUUGUGAAUCGGGUGAGCGUCUAAACGGAAACCCACGAUCAAUUUCCGACGGAUCUGAGAUCAGAGAAUUCAUCGUGGGCGGAUCCAACUACCCGCUUCUUCCAUGGCUAAUAACGCCUUAUAACGAAAACGAGGAUGAGAUGUCGGGUUUCAAUAGGGUUCAUGAAUCCACAAGAUCGGUUGCGGUGAGGGCGUUUUCGCAAUUAAAGGGAAGUUGGAGGAUUCUUAAUAAGGUGAUGUGGAGGCCUGACAAGAAGAAACUUCCAAGUAUCAUUGUGGUAUGUUGUCUUCUGCAUAAUAUUAUUAUAGAUUGUGGAGAUUAUAUAAAACCAGAGGUUUCUUUAUCAUGUCAUCAUGAUUUAGGGUAUGUUGAACGAUGGUGUAAGCAGGUUGAGCCUUUAGGCAGAAAGAUGAGACAAAACUUGGCUAGUUAUUUGGAGAAUAGCAACUAAAAAUCAUGUGUCGUUAGUUUGUAAUGAAAUAUGGAUCAUGGAGGUUUGUCUGUGCCGGACUCCGGGUUAUUUGUGGUCGUUUGGUCGGUGUGCGUAAGCUAUUCGGAAACACAUGGUUACCAAAAGAAAAGAGUUGGGGAAUUUAGAGCAAGUAGCUAGGACGGAUUCGAUUUUCUUGUGAAGCGGUGACACCAUUUGACUA